AUGGUCCGUGCCGAUACUGACAAGUCCAAGGAUCAGGACAUCAGAUUCCUCAAGUCGGCUUCGGUCUCUGGAAGGAUCGUAACCGGGUUUGAUAUGGAAGUGCAGGAGCUGGAGCAAAUUGCGCAGUUGCAUAUGGGCUUGCACUUCAACGACCCUGAAACUUAUCUUCCUGGAAGGCCAGUGCGUUUGUUCGCUUAG